AGUAUAUGAGAUCGAGCAAUGGAAAUCGACUCUCCAAGAAUUGCUUGAGCGAUUAGAUAGAGAGAUGGCUGGACUGAAAGAAGAGAAGGCGUCUACUGAGAGAGAAUUGGAACAACUCAAUCUGCCUCUACUGGUCUGCUCUGAGUGCCUCUCCAACAGAGAUGGGAGACGAAGCUCUGAGCUGACUUAUGAUCUUGCUGACACCGAGCUGAAAAAGGAACUCUGCGUCACCGAAAGCAACAAGAAGAUGCUGAUUGACCGAUGCCAGUCUGCUUGGGAGAAGGUCAACAAGCUGGAAGUGGUCAAGUUUAAACUCCAACUGGACCUGAACGACAAGAACGAAGCACUACAGAUAGACAAAGACAUGUUGAGCUUGGACAAGGACUGUGCUAAUAUCACUUACAAGACUGAUUCGUUGAAGACACCUAAAAGGAUGAUCACCUACGAGCAAUGGCUGGAAAAAUGCGAAGCGACAAAGGAUAUGGCAAUAAAAGAGCUUCAAGAUACGCUGCGUCUACGCGAGUCCCUGUUCGUAGCUAGAGGGCGCGCUCGUAACGCUCUGCGCGCGCAAACUGACGUCACCAACUACAUGCUGCGCCGGCGCAUAUACGACACGCAACGGGCUAGGAAUGAACUGCAAUGGCAGAAGAUGAAGAUGGAAGAAAACAUGGACAAGCUCAACUCAGAACUGAAAACAAUCGGCGAGCAGUUCGCCGACAAGGUGAAUGCUCUGAAAGUGGCCGAGACCCGCCUGGAGACGCGAGGGUACAGGCCCGGCAUCGAGCUGGCAGGAGAUGAAGCAGACGUGGGACUGAAGGAAGAGGUCAGGAACUUGAGGGAAACCAUCCGGCAGCUGCAAGAGAAGCUGGAUUGCGCCAAGGCUACCUACAACGCGUUAGAGGCGGCGUCCAUCAAGAUCGCCAUCGACCUGAACGACAAGGAACAGUCGUUAGAGGUGGACACGCGAGCGUUGGAGAUGAGGGCAGCCCUGGAGCCGAAGAGACCACAAGGAACUGAUAAGAACCUGAUCCUGGCUUCCAUGUAUGAUGAGUUGCCGAAUGUUGAAAAUUAGGAUUGACGUUCUAUUAUUUUCAAUCAAGUGUCAAUCGUUCAUUUGUUUUGUUUAAAUGAGUUCAUUUGACGGCAACAUUUCGUGUGUUUAUUCUUUUUUCUUUUUUCUAAAUCGUUGUG